CGUGUAGACAAGGAAAUGAUGGCGAUUCAGCCAGUUUGUGAACUCAAUUGAGCUGGUGUAUAGUUCUCGGAAAAUUAGUGUUUUUCGUAUAUUUAAAAAGAUAAAUCGUUUUUCAAAUGAUUCCGAAUUCUUUAAAUGUCAAAGUUAUCAUCAUGAAUUAUUUGCUGUAUACAUUUGCAUUGGUGUUUGGCGUACGAGUGUCUGAAGCCGGGUCGACAAAUUAUACUCUCAGACGACACAAGGUCCACAAUAUAGUUUUGUAUCCUGACAAGCAUUCGUGGUGCACGAGCACGCCCAUUAAACAAGUUAUAUCCGACAUCGAUUGCGAUCCCGUAGAGAUUGACAACCUCGUUUGCUUGGGUGCUUGUUUCAGUUAUUCCAUACCAAGAACGAUUCCGACCAACAACGGCGAUGAAGUUAACUCAUAUUGUGACUCGUGCCAACCUGUAAACACACUAUGGAUUCCUGUAAAACUGAAGUGCAGCGACGGAUUGAAUCACACGAAACGCGUACAGCUGAUCAAAGAGUGCCGGUGUUCGUCCUGUAGCCGACACUGGGAACUGGAAAAUCCACCGACGGACAUCGUUGACGAUGGACCAUCCAUACAGACAUCGAGAUAUAUGCAACUGAUGAAACUUGAACAAAACGAAAAUGCCGAAGACGAACAGAACUCUACGGACGCGGUUUCGAGUGCUGUGGAUGACAUACUUGACGCUGUAAACUUGACUAGACUGGCUUACGAGAAAAAUAUUUGGAUCCGAGGUCCGCAUCAUUCGAAGGUGUUAUUAAGAAAAGAAAAUAUGAUGAGCGCGCCGAACGUCGCGGCCAAUGACGACAUUGCCCAACAAUAUUUGGGAGAAGACACUGUCGAUAAGAAUAAUAAACUUUAACACGGAUUUUUAGCUAUUUUAUAUAAUUAUAUAGUUUUAU